ACAUAAAUCCAUUCUAUUUCAUGGUACAGAAUGCGUACGAAUUAUAGUAAACGAUUUGGAAACGUGACAAUAUACGGUAACAUUGCAUGCAAUACUACACUGAUUUUUUUCAUAACCAAUGGUCUCUAAGAAUUGGCAAUUGCAACCAAAACAGUAAAUUGCCUUAUAAAAUUCAAUCUUAAAAGUCAAUCGAUCUUACUUGAAAAAUUACUCCUUUUGUGCAUUUUGAUAAAAAUAAAGAAAAGAAAAUGAGUUACUAUUUCUGUUUCAUAUUUUAAUUUUCAGAUAACAGUAGUAUUAAAAGAAUAGAAAGUAUAAACAUAUAAGAUAUAGAUGAAGGUUGUCGUACUGUACCCAGUGGAUGUUGUUGGGAUGUGGCAUCAAGCUAAGGUUGCUGACCUUGGAAUCACCAAGAGCUACAGCUUAAAGCGGGAACCUUCAAAUAGCAAUGACAGGAAUGCGUUUGCAGUAAUGGAUGGCGAAAAACGUAUGGGAUAUUUAAAGUGGGAAGACGCGGAGCUUAUUUCUCCAAUAGUGGAUGAAAAUAGAGAAACUAUCAGGAAAUUGUGGUUUAAAGCCAGUGAAGUCUCACGGCCGAGUAAAAGAGGACCAAUGCAGAAAGGCCAAAUUGCAUUCUACAUUGAAGAGUCUGAUGAAACACGGAUGAAGACUUUAUUUCCGUCAAGAUUCAUGCUCUCUGUAAAAAAGACAAAUUGAUUUUUGUAUAACCUGAUAACUGACCUUUUAGUCAUAAAUUCAAAUACCAGAUCGCCUUAGAAGUUGUACUGGACAAUGCGUUUGCAAUAGUAUAUAUUUCCCAAUCACAAUACAAUUACUUUUUAUUUUAUCUCAGUAUUCUAGGACUUGAAAGCACUUAGAAGAAAACUAUAAAAACUAAUACAAUCAACCAAAGAUUAUAACUGAAAUAAAUCACGGCAAUCAUCAUUUUCUGCAUAAAAAUUACGAAUAUUGAAACUGAAGCAGCCAGCUUUCCUUCGUAUACCCAAGCUGUGUGUAUAUUAGAUGUGAGGAGGAAACAUCGCUCCACAACAAUAUAUUACUUUAUGAAUAAUAAAUUGAUUCAAAUAUGAUAUCAAGUUUUUACAGCAUCGGAAUAAGCAGA